AUGUCAUCUAGUGACAAUGUGAACGUCCCACCUAACGUCCGGCAGGAGCACCCUAAAAGGAAUCUGAACGCUUUUUGGGUGACUGGGUGCACCCGGGUGGGGAAUCUGAACGCAGCCUUGGAGGGUCAAGUGUACCCUAAGCUGAAACGAUUUGUUCCGUCGUUGCUGACGACACCUGGGAGCAUCACCAAGUCAUGGGCCAGGUUGAUACCACGCGCUCAAGCAAUAGUACAAACGUUGCAGUCGCAGGGAGUCGUGUCCAAAUACAAACUGCUAGAAAUCUGGGGUUUGGAUGAAAAAUGUGAGAUUUUAAUUUAUAAAAUAAUAUUUAGAUAUUAUCAUCGAGUAGACUUCUAUACAAUACUAGACCGCUGACAGGCAUCUCAGCCGUGAUGCUUGCCGCCAUGUUGAUUUUAGUCAAGAUAUGCUAUACUACAAGUACCUCUAUGAAGUUGGCCGGACAACUUCAACGUAUCGAACUUUCAUUAAUUGGAAUCUCAAAUACCUCCGGGAGAAAUUCCCAACCUCACCCAUAAACAUAUUUCCCCUCAUCAGGAACCCCACUCCCAAGUUAUGUCGUUUGCUGCUCGCCUUCUUUAAUUCCUGCGAACUUUAUAUUUAAAGUUUCCGCCUUACUCCCCCCUCAAUAAACAGUUGUGGCUUACGCCAUCUGCUGAGCCGACAUACAAUCCGAAUGGAAUAAUGGCCGUUUACAUCCGUGAUGGAGCAUAUAGUAUAGCGCCAUAAAAUAGAAGAAGAAGAAUUAAUUGGAGUCGAUUGGUGGUCGUUUGGUGGUCUUUGGUAGUCUAGUCCGAUC